AUGAUUACCAUAACACCGAAGGAAUACUGCAUAAUAUCGAACCCCGUGAAAAAAGACGAGAAUGGGAACGUCAUAAUGGAUGAAUAUGGCCAGGCCUCGUUGGCCUAUGGUGACGAGGAGUACCGUUUUGCCCAGUCCCCCUUUCCGUUGUAUCCUGGUGAAGAGCUCCUGAAGGAAGUUACGCCUCUUACGGUUCUUUCCCAAAACAAGGCCCUUCUGCUGUCUGCAUUAGUAGACUUUAAAUCGGAGGACGGUGUUGACCGCGUGGCUGGUGAACUGUGGCUUUUCGAAGGUCCUGGUAUGUGAUUUUGCACAUAAAGAACACCACAAUUUGGAGGUAGCUCUUGUAAAGAUAGGUCUUUAAAAGAUGUCCUUCUCAGGAAUGCGAAUCCGCCAGUACGUUACGGUUACAGGCGUUUCAUCAAUUUAGAAGAAACAAUCAGCUCAUGAGCUGAUUGUUUAUGAUGGUGUCUUACGAUCAUGUAUACGAUCGUAUACAUGAUUGCUGUAGCAAGUGUGCGUGCGCAAGACUUAUCAAGUUUUCCGCCCUGUUCCGUGUCUGCUCGCCGAGGACCGGCAUGAGUGUAAACCAUCACAAGAUAUAUCUUAGGUCAGUAUUAUAUUAUACAAUAUCGUAUUUGAGGAUUCUACUACUCGGACCGUAAGUAUUGACUGAGAAGACAUUUAUACCUCAACCCUUUCACAAAAAAAUCAAAAUUAUCUUCAACGUCGUUUUAUUAUAUAUGCAUUGGAAUGGAAAGCUGGGGUCUUCCUCUUCAACAGGCGGGAGUUUCUUACGUUUUCAAUAACGAUUCUCCAUUUAUUCCGACCGUUAGAUGUUUACGGGCUUUGUGUUUAUCUAAUUGCUCUGAAAUUCUGGCUCUAGGAUCUAACAUAAAGUACCAGCAUUCUCGAAAUAAAUUAUUUUUAAUUUCUAAUAACAGUAUUUCAACCCCUUAAGUUUGAUGAGGGAAACUAAGGUAUUCCGGAAGCUUCUUAGUGGUUUGACUGUCGUUUCAGAUUUCCAUGGCAACUUUCGUUUUUCUAUCAACUCUGAUUGUAUAUGUUUCGUUUUCUGAUUGCAUAUCGCUUGUUAUUACAAUCAUUUCUACUCACGACUGGUUUCUACAUCAGACUGGUAAACUAUGGAGGCGAUAAAAUAUUCAAAUCAUAUUAUUUUCAUUCACUGAAAACGAGUUUCCUCCAUACGAAAAGUCUGCUGAUUGCGAUCUCUCCCCAGGCAUUUACAAGCCUCGCAAGGAAGUCCAGGUGCUUUCCACACGAACGGCGGAGAUGAUCAGUCCGAAUACUGCUCUUCUAUUGCGUGCUUUGAUGGAUUUUACCGGCAAAGACGGCCAGAAGCGCGUAUACGGUGAGGAGUGGUUAGUGAAGUCCGUUGGUGCAUAUAUGAUAGGUGCCUAUGAAGAGCGGGUCAAAACUCUCGAGGCGUAUCAUUUGGAUGAGAAAGUGAGUUCGCCUUUGUUUUCUAAGCUGUUCUCGAUAGCCAAUGUCCGAUAUUUGCCCUUGUUGUCGGCUUGCCUGCCUGACCUUUGACGGAUUUAUGAUAGUUUAUUCAUUUCCUUAUUUAAGCAUGCUCUUCACGUCAGAGCGAAACGAACUCAUGUCGACGAUUUUGGCAAGCGCAGAAGGCAUGGAGAAGAGUGGUUAAUCACCCACUUGGACGCCGAAAGCCAUAUCCCCAGCGUGAAUGAAGAGGUGGUUCGAGUUGUGUCACCCAUUGUUCUUGCCUCGAACAAUUACUGCGUCAUUUGCGAUCCGGUUGACGACAAAGGUGUCCCAAGAAUCGGCAAAAGAAUGCUCGUUCGGGGCGAGAAAUCCUUCUUCUUGAUGCCGGGAGAGACGUUGGAUGACGGAAUAAAAAACGUGUAUGUUCUGGGCCAAAACGAGGGCAUCAUUCUUCGUGCCAUGGAGUCAUUCCAAGACGGAAAUACUGUAGGUCUUAAACCUUACUUUUCGAGUUUUUUAAUCUUUGGUUUUUUUAGCUUAUACUAGUAUUUGUGCUAGCAACACUUUCGUGUGGCUUUAUAUCAUGCUGUUACGGUGUGGACGCUUUCAGGCAGUUAGGCGGCAAUAACUCUGAGAAAUGGACGCGUCGUCCGGACUACUCUUUGUUCACUUAUAAUAAAGGACUUAAUUCCCAAAUAUAUAAUCCUUUUAUCGAUCUUUUUCCCUUUAAAAAGGCACGAACUGCGGGUGAGGAGUGGAUGCUUACAGGACCUCUGGAGUAUGUACCGCCGAUCGAAGUGGAGGUGGUUACGGUCCGGCAGGCCAUACCUCUGGACGAGAAUGAGGGCAUCUAUGUGCGUGAGAAGCGUUCUGGUCAAGUGCGGGCUGUCAUUGGCUCUACCUACAUGCUGAAUCAGGACGAGGAACUUUGGCCAAAGAAGCUUUCUCCUGCAGUAGAGCAAAUACUCAGAGCCAACAAAGAUCCUCAGGGUGAGAGGGCCGAAUACCGGAAAAGAGGCGAAAAUGGAGAGGAAGCAUGGGACCCUACAAGGGUAUGUGCGUGUGUGUGUGCUAAUAGUUUAUUCGUACAAGUGAACUAAGUCUUCGUGGUAAAUGCUGUUUGAAAUGACUGGUUGAAAGACGGUUAGUCCACCCCACUGGCUCCUUCUCGACGUGGCCUUCGUGGCAGUCCAGGUGAUCAGAGAUUCGCGUCGCCUCUAUAAAAGCCUGAUUCACGAUCAUGGGGUCGCAUCAUGUGUGGUACACGUGGACUGACUGCCAUUUUAUUAAGAGACCACGUCUGGCCGAGUUGACAUCGUUUUGCCUGGUGAAAAAUAUGCGGUAGAUGUUGUGCAUACCUGCCUCACUAUAGAGUAAUGCACAUGCAGGUCACUAAUGAGGCCCUCACUCCGUUGGAGGCUCGCGACGGUUGAUCUUUUAGUCAUUUAUGUUAAUAUGCAGGCCACGUCUAUGUACUGAUGAUUUAGUUAACGUCUUGUAGAGCGAGCAUCCAUUUGUAGAGCUGUCAACGUAUCCGAUAGGUGGUUACUUGACCUCAAAACCAAAUGUUAUGUGCACAAUCCCAUGAGUCUUAAGGGAAUUUAUGCCGUUUUGUGUCCCCACUUUGCAUAAAUACUUGUCUGCUUGUCGACUCAACCGUGCGCCGAUAUAGGAAGUUAUUUAGGCUGCGGAUAGGACGGGUGGGUGCCAAGUCAGGAAAUAUUUUUAGAUCUUUUAUUGCCUUAACGCCAAGAAGAGAAACUAUUCAAUCAACCUCUGCUGACCAAAACCAGCAGGAAUUAUGCCUCAACAAACUUGGUAGCACUGGUCCCGACAGCUUUUUAACACACUACUUUGACUCCAGGUAAUUAACCAUGUUUUGACCAGCAUCCUUUCUGUUUGCCUUGUUUAUAUAUCAAAUUUAAUCCAAUGUUUCUGAUAAGUUUAUUAACUCCAGUUCCAAAACGUCGUAGGCUGCCGUCUGUGUGCUGCCAGGUUACGAAUUGAGAGAGUACAUACGGCGUUUCUCAUUAUCUCAUGAAUGAAACUAGACAUGCCCUCACGUAUAAGCACUUUGCCCUCUUACGUACAGGUUGUGUCCUAUCGCGUGCCGCACAAUGCCGCCGUCCAGAUCUACGACUACAAGGGCAAGAAGUCGCGUGUCGUCUUUGGCCCCGAGCGUGUCAUGCUUGGACCAGACGAAGAGUUCACCCUCCUGAGCCUCAGCGGCGGCAAGCCGAAACGCACCAACAUGAUUAAGACCAUCUGUCUGUUGCUGGGUCCCGAUUUCUGCACUGACGUUCUGGUUGUGGAGACCGCUGACCACGCACGUCUCUCGAUCCAACUCUCCUACAACUGGCAGUUUGAAAUCCCGGCUAACCCGACGCAGGAGGAUGCAACCAAACUGUUUUCUCAACCCGAUUUUGUAGGCGAUUUCUGCAAGGCCAUUGCAGCUCGCGUGCGUGGCAUUGUGGCCUCAGUCAAUUUUGAUAGGUUUCACAAGGUGCGUUUGAUCUACUCCCUCUUUAGAUAUGUCUGGCAACCGCGAUGACUCGGGGAUGUUGAUAACGACUGACGUCAAUUUACUUUGGCCUUUAGAACUCGGCCUCUCUGAUCAGACAGUCUGUUUUUGGCAUCGAUGCCGAGGGGAAGAUUGGAGACAGGCUUGUAUUUCCACAGAAUAACCUCGUGGUGACUAGUGUGGACGUGCAGGCCGUUGAGCCGGUAGAUCAGCGCACACGGGAUGCUCUGCAGAAGUCCGUUCAGUUGGCAAUUGAGAUCACGAGUAAUUCUCAGGAGGCCGCCGCCAGGUAAAUUGUUGCGCAUCAGUUUUUCUGCUGUUUGUCUGUACCAUCCUAACUAUUUUGGUUCCAGACAGUGCGGUUUUACAGUCGUUGAUUUUUUUGUUCCCCCAUACACCCGUGAUUAGUCUUUUGUUACUUUCGGGCCGACCUGUUCGUUGAUCUUUCGGUCCCGCUUGCUGUUCAGACAGGAGGCUGAGCGAUUGGACCAGGAAGCCCGCGGCAAGCUGGAACGCCAGCGAAUUGAGGACGAGGCAAAGGCUGAGGAGGCUCGACGUGGACUGCUGGAGCUUCAAGUCCAAUUGGCUGCCCUGGAGAGCACCGGUCAGGCCAAGGCAGAAGCUCAGAGUCGCGUGGAGGCUGCUCUCAUCAGCAGUCAGGCCGAAGUCGAGAAAGCCAAGCUGGAGGCUGAAGCUGAGAAGAUUAAAGCAGUAAGUUGAGUCUGUCCAUUUUCUCUCACACACCCCUAGUCACCUAAUCACUUUCUACCCCACUCAUGCCGUGUAUGUCUGGUUUCCUCUUUAGGACGCGGAGCUGGAACGUUUGAAGUUGGCCCGUGAGGCGGAGUUGGAUUAUAUACAAAAGAAGAACCAACUGAACCUCGAGCGCAAAAAACAAGAUGUAGAGAUCGAGACAGCUUACUUCCUCAAGCGUGUCGAGGCCUUGGGUGCUGAGAACCUUCGUCAUAUUGCCUGCGCCGGACCGGAGCGCGAUGUGCGCAUGUUGCGUGCCCUGAACCUAAAGAGCACCCUUAUUACAGACGGUCGGUCGCCAGUGAACUUGCUGGAUGCCACAUCAGGCUUGAUAGGACAGGCCAGGAGUGCUAUUCACGUCCGGCAGCCCGAGGACGAGGUUGUUGCUGCACCAGAACCUGCGACUGAAGAGGACGACAAUGACGAGUAG